AAAAGCAUAGUCUAGUCGAACUUUUUUUUUCUUCUUCACUCUUCAACACGCAUUCGUCUAGGCUUUCGGCUUCCGGGCAAGGACAUAAAUAUCACACGUCCUCCCCCAUUGCAUAAUUUACAAAGCAAUGGCAUUUCAAGCUCAUCGAGUGAUCUCUGGACGUGGACUGAUCAGAUCCGAGUGUAGUCGAGGCAGAGUCCACACGCAUUAUUUCACACGAACCUAUAUCCAUACAACUGGCAGCCGGCUGCAAAAUAGGCACCCUAUUGCCAUUUUCCACUCUAUCCCUUCAACUACUUCUAAUCAUCAAAUAUCUCUUAAGAGAUCCCGCAUUAUCAUUACUCGCACAUCAUCCUCGGCACCCGUACGCUCUGCAGCUGCUCUUCCAACAGGGGCUCAAAAUAUUUUCACAAAACAUGAUCAGGACCAGGAUUUUAAAGAAGGCUUCUUUACAAGCCAAUCCAUAGCUUCAUUAUCAUCAAUUCCAUUGUCACCAUCAACAUCAACAGCAAUAGUAGCAGCAUCAAUACCCUCAUCUACAUCUACAAGCGCUUCCACGAAUCUUGCUCCCGAGGGGUUCCAAGAUUAUGAUAUUCGAUGGAAGGAGAUCAAAAAACCAACUUUGACAGGAUUAGUUCCUAUAUACAUGGAUCUGGCCAAGGCACGUCUCGGAGCCUUGGUAACACUGACGACGAUGGCAGGAUAUGCCAUGACACCAACUGCUGCUAGCUUACCCACCCUGUUCUCCUUGACAGUCGGAACAGCACUCUGUAUUACCUCCGCUAACGCCUAUAAUCAAUUUGUGGAACCACCCUAUGAUGCUCAAAUGUCCAGGACAAGGAACAGGAUUUUGGUCCGCAAGGCAGUCUCACCUUUACAUGCAUGGUCUUUUGCCACGGUUACGGGAAUUGGAGGUGUCAGUCUAUUGGCUACGGCUGUUAACCCAUUGACGGCUGCUUUGGGAGCUGCCAACUUAUUUCUUUAUGCAUCUGUUUAUACGCCUAUGAAGCGCAUGUCCAUUGCUAAUACGUGGGUGGGAGCCAUUGUAGGGGCUAUCCCUCCAAUGAUGGGUUGGGCUGCGUGUACGAAUUCACUAGACCCAGAGGCUUGGCUUUUAGGAGGAUUACUCUAUGCAUGGCAAUUCCCACACUUUAAUUCGUUGGCCUGGAAUUUGAGGGCAGAUUACUCCAAGGCGGGAUAUCGUAUGAUGGCAGUGACGGAUCCAAAACUGAAUGCUCGUGUUAGUCUUCGGUAUACAUUAGCGUUGGUUCCUUUGGUGACCUUGGCACCCUAUCUAGAUAUGACGACUUGGUGGUUUGCGAUUGAUGGUAACAUUGUGAAUGCGGUCAUAUUGGCAGGUGCAACCAACUUUUGGCGCAAGAGAGAUGACAAAAGUGCUCGGCAGUUGUUCUUUGGAAGUUUGAUUUAUCUACCAAUAAUUUUAGCAUUGAUGAUGAUUCAUAAGAAGGGGCACCAGAGUAUUGAGGCUGAACCUGUGUUACCCUCACAGCACGCUUUAGAGGACGAUGAUGAUGAGUAUGAAUAUGUGGAUGAGGAUGAGGAUGAUGGGGAGGAAGAAGAAGAAGCACAGCUUAGUAGUUCAAAAGUCAACACAGCCAAUAGAACAUAGUCCUCAUCAAAGUAAUGAACUUUUUUGCAUUGA